UCCGCGUCCUCCUAAAAUCGAGACAUCCAUGUAUCCAAAACAAGUGCUAUCGUGACAAAAGAACCGAAAAACGUAGUGAAAUUAACGAGUUUUAUGUAAUGUCAAAGCCGGAAACCGUGUUCUCGUGUAGUUUGGUCACCUUUUCGACAUGUUUCAGCCAGUGUCACCCCGAGAUUAGGACAAUCAGACGAGAAUAAACAUGUCUGCUGGUACGGAACUGAAGAAUAUGCAGCCAGGUAUACCCCAGCUGCUACCUGAUCUCACAACUUUAAGUCUCAUCGGACACAGAUCUCAAGUGAAUAAUCAUUUGUCGCAUCACACGACCAUGCAACAACAGCAACAACAACCCAAUGAGUCGUGGCAGACCAGCCCGCCUCAUCAAAGUGCUAGUCCCCCGCCACAAACCGCAUUUGCUGAUCCACUCUCAGCAACCGCUCCUGGAACCACUAGCACCGCCGUGGCCGUCGUGGGGGCGACGAGCGCGGCUCUCGCCACCGUGCCACCCACGACAGAUCCACCGGUCUUCCAAUGUCCCCGUCGGCCGAAUUUGGGCCGCGAAGGCCGUCCCAUUGGCUUGAAAGCCAACCAUUUCCAAGUGACGAUGCCAAGAGGUUUCGUUCAUCAUUACGACGUGAGCAUACAGCCCGACAAAUGUCCCAGAAAGGUUAAUCGGGAAAUUAUCGAGACUAUGGUACACGCAUAUGGGAAGAUUUUCGGUAAUUUGAAGCCGGUUUUUGAUGGUAGAAACAAUUUGUAUACGCGAGAUCCUCUACCGAUUGGAAAUUCACGCGAAGAGUUGGAGGUGACGUUACCGGGUGAAGGCAAAGACAGGCUGUUUAGGGUGACAAUAAAAUGGGUGGCACAAGUGUCGCUCUAUGGGCUCGAAGAGGCACUUGAAGGUAGGACGAGACAGAUUCCGUAUGAGGCUAUUUUAGCACUUGACGUCGUCAUGAGACAUUUGCCAUCGAUGAGUUACACACCAGUCGGGAGAAGCUUCUUCAGCAGUCCAGAAGGAUAUUAUCAUCCUUUAGGAGGUGGUAGAGAAGUGUGGUUUGGUUUUCACCAAUCGGUGAGGCCGAGCCAAUGGAAAAUGAUGUUGAAUAUUGACGUAUCUGCAACUGCUUUCUACAAAGCUCAACCGGUAAUCGAAUUUAUGUGCGAAGUAUUAGACAUUCGAGAUAUCAACGAACAGAGAAAACCGCUAACGGAUAGUCAACGUGUCAAAUUUACUAAAGAAAUAAAAGGAUUAAAAAUCGAAAUAACGCAUUGUGGCACUAUGAGGCGGAAAUAUAGAGUGUGCAAUGUGACGAGAAGACCGGCUCAAAUGCAAUCUUUCCCUCUUCAAUUGGACAAUGGACAGACCGUAGAGUGUACCGUAGCAAAGUAUUUCCUCGACAAGUACAAAAUGAAACUAAGAUAUCCCCAUUUACCGUGCCUCCAGGUUGGCCAGGAACACAAACACACCUAUUUGCCGUUAGAAGUCUGCAACAUUGUAGCUGGCCAACGAUGCAUCAAGAAACUAACGGAUAUGCAAACAUCUACUAUGAUAAAAGCCACAGCAAGAUCAGCACCGGACAGAGAACGUGAAAUAAACAAUUUGGUAAGAAGAGCUGAUUUUAACAACGACCCCUACGUGCAAGAAUUCGGCUUGACAAUCAGUAACAACAUGAUGGAGGUUCGCGGUAGGGUUCUCCCACCUCCAAAACUCCAAUACGGUGGUCGGGUGGCUUCCCUCAGCGGACAGGUGGGCUGGCACAGCAAACAGCAAGCGAUGCCUAAUCAGGGCGUUUGGGACAUGCGAGGCAAACAAUUCUUUACAGGGGUGGAAAUCAGAGUGUGGGCUAUCGCAUGUUUUGCUCCACAGCGGACCGUUAGGGAAGACGCUUUAAGGAAUUUCACCCAGCAGCUACAAAAAAUCUCAAACGAUGCAGGCAUGCCAAUAAUCGGACAACCAUGUUUUUGUAAAUACGCGACAGGUCCGGACCAAGUGGAGCCAAUGUUCCGGUACCUGAAAUCGACUUUCCAGUCAUUGCAACUCGUCGUCGUUGUAUUGCCUGGAAAGACUCCUGUCUAUGCUGAAGUUAAAAGGGUAGGCGACACAGUAUUAGGGAUGGCCACCCAAUGUGUUCAAGCAAAAAAUGUAAACAAAACAUCACCACAGACACUGUCAAAUCUAUGCCUCAAAAUAAACGUUAAAUUAGGAGGUAUCAACAGCAUUCUUGUGCCAUCGAUCAGACCAAAGAUAUUUAACGAACCUGUUAUAUUCCUGGGUGCUGAUGUCACUCAUCCUCCAGCUGGUGACAAUAAGAAGCCUUCAAUAGCAGCUGUUGUUGGUUCAAUGGAUGCUCAUCCGUCACGUUACGCCGCCACUGUUCGUGUCCAACAGCACCGACAAGAGAUCAUCCAAGAGUUGAGCUCAAUGGUUCGGGAACUUUUGAUAAUGUUUUACAAAUCGACCGGUGGUUAUAAACCACAUCGUAUCAUUUUGUACAGAGAUGGAGUGUCCGAAGGGCAAUUUCUUCAAUUAUUACAACACGAAUUAACAGCGAUACGUGAAGCUUGUAUCAAGUUGGAGAGUGAUUAUAAGCCGGGAAUUACGUUUAUUGUGGUACAGAAAAGACAUCACACGAGAUUGUUUUGUGCUGAUAAGAAGGAACAAAGCGGGAAAAGUGGGAAUAUACCGGCGGGCACUACAGUCGAUGUUGGGAUUACGCAUCCUACGGAAUUUGAUUUUUAUUUGUGCAGUCAUCAGGGUAUACAGGGUACAUCAAGACCGUCACAUUAUCAUGUCCUGUGGGAUGAUUCCCAUUUAGAUUCGGAUGAACUUCAGUGUUUGACUUAUCAAUUAUGUCACACUUAUGUGCGUUGUACUCGAUCUGUUUCUAUACCAGCGCCGGCUUAUUACGCCCAUUUGGUAGCUUUCCGAGCAAGAUAUCAUUUAGUAGAAAAGGAGCAUGACAGUGGUGAAGGUUCGCACCAGUCGGGUUCUUCCGAAGACCGAACACCCGGAGCCAUGGCGAGGGCUAUAACGGUGCACGCCGACACCAAGAAGGUGAUGUAUUUCGCUUAGUGCAUCAUCCCUGGAAUAUGAUGGGAUGGAGGAAGUGUUUGUGUACGGAAAAUUUGUCUUUUUCUUUUUAUUAUCGGAUUUUCCAACGGGUUGUAUUCAAGUCACUAAUUUAUACAACACGUAAGUCAUAAUUUAAUGGAAUUAGACAUUGAAAAACUCAAAAUAAACUAAAACAAAAUUCCAAUUAGUGAAAUAAUUAGCAUAUUUUAAUUAAAAUAAACACCGUAUCUUCCCAUGUCCUUUUGUUAAAAAUAAUAAACAAGAAAACGCCACCUCAAAGGUCGUUGAGUACAGGAAGUAUAUUGAAGCGGUGUUUUCUUUCUCUUUUUAUUAUUUUACUGAUUGGUAUUUUGCUGAUAUCAAAAUCAUGCCUCAGAUAUUUUUUUGAAGUUUUUGUUGUUCCGUCUUAUAUUGCCCUCCUCCUCCCUUCUUUUACAAAUCAAAAGACGCUUUGUAAGAAUUAUAUUGAAAAAAGAACCUUUAAGUUUUUUAAGAUUGAAACACAAAUCCAUUAUUGAAGGAUCUCAUUAUUAAAUUAUGACUUGCUGUUUUAUUUAGUAACGAAUGUUAGUUGCGACAGUACAGCAUCUAUUUUUAUUAAGCAUAUUUAAAAAAUUGAGCACUUGACGGUUAAUUAUCUUGUUUGUUAUCCUUUUCUAGAUUAAGGAUGAUAUAAUUUAUUUGAUGCCAAUAAAAGUGACACGAAUAAAAAUACAAUUAAUUGUAUACUUAAGGGCCGACACGAUGAAUAAUCUAAUGUACUUUUGUGAUAUUCCCACACACACAGUAGAAAAAUUUAAGUAAGGUGUAACAUCGCUUUUGUUAUAUUUGUUUUAAUUCUUAUUUUAAAAUUUAUCGUAUUUGUAUUUUGCUUCUUUUAAUAAUGUAAGUACGGUUUAUGUAACAGCAGCGGCUAGGUUUUUAAUAAUAAUUCAACACGGCGCAUAUCAAUCAUUUAUUUGAUAAAUAGAAAGCGAAUUCUGUUAUUAUUAAGUGUAUUAAAAUUAUCGUGUAGCUGUUUCCAUUGUUUCGAAUUUCUAGUUCUUUUUUAUCUUCCACUAGACUGUUUGGAGAAAAACUUUUCAAAGAUGUAUAUUUAUGGUAGGGUUUUGUUUCGCAUUUUCCUGUCCUUUGUAUUUUAUUACAAUAAAUUAUUUACGAAUAGUUUUAUUUUGUAUUUUCUGUUACGAAUCUAAUUCGAAUCAUCAUGUAGACGUCUCCUUGCAAUGAAAUUAAUUUUCUUCAAAUUAGAAGUUGAAAUAUAAGCACAAAUACAUGUACCUAAUAUAAGUAGUUUUUUGGUUUAGUAGAUUUACUUAAUUGACUUGAGUAAGUCUGCUAGACCCUUUCCAAUUUAAGUUCCAGUUUGGGUUCAUUAUUGUGAAAUACAAGUGGUCCAAAAUAGCUUAUUUUUGUCGUGUGAGGUAGCAGUUAAUCGAGUAACGGCAGCAGUGUUGUUGACCUUUUUUGGACCAUACUGUACAUUAUGAAAAUUGAAUGUUGGUUACUGUGUUAUUCUUAUUUUAUGUACUGACCUCGAUCAUCUUCAAGAAGAUACAUAAUAAAGUUUAAAGCAAGUU